GUAAGUACUUAAUUGACUAUAUAAUACUUAUAAUCAUGCAUUUUCUUAAAUAUGUAUCCAUUAUUCUGAUAUAAUCAAUGAAAUAUAACUGGAUCGUGUAGCCCUUUGGUAAAUUGCCUGUCUUGGAAGAUUUGGUAAGCAUAUGCAUUCAAUCACUUUGGACUCUGAUGAAAUUAAGUUGUUGAUUAAUUCUGAUAAAUUGGUAGUUAAAGCCUUAGUUUACGUUCCCGGCCAGUAAUGAAGUAAUAUGUUGUUGCAGAAGCCACAACGAUAGUAAGAUACAUGGGUCAUAUGUAUGCAAAUAAGAAGAAAGUGGGAGAAGAGCUUAUCUUCUGGGAGUCACAUAAACAAGCCUUGGUGGCUAAUUGGAUUGAUGUGGAAGACCACUACUUUGAACCACCAGCACUCAAGCUCAUAUCGUUGUUGUCAAGUAACAAGGCUAUCGACGAUGUCGGCGAGUCCAAUGGUGUUGAUCGUGUAAUAGAUGAACUGAGCCAAGUUCUGGAUGUGUACGAGGCCCAGCUGGGGAGGUUCAAGUACCUGGCGAGUGACAAGUUCACCGUUGCUGAUGUUCUUCACCUCCCAAACUUGCACAGCCUUAUGGGAAUCGCCUCGACUAAGAAGCUCAUAGAUUCGCGUCCUCAUGUCAGUGCUUGGUGCUCUGAGAUUCUUGCUCGCCCUUCAUGGACCAAGGUCUUCAGUGAUGCAUGA